CCAAGGGGAAGAGGUGUCACAAUAGAAGAAUCUUGGACUCUAGAGCACCGAGAACAGAUACGCGAAGGGCCUAUUCUCCUUGAUCUUGCCACAUGGAAGCCUCUAGCACUUUUGGAGAAGGCAGCUUCAAAGCCUGAGAAAUGAAACAGCUCAGUUCAGCUUCAGACUUGUAGUGUGGCUCUCAAGCCCCAACUUUCUUCCUGCCUCCUCCAGACAUGUCUACAGUACCUCUGCAGCACCUCUGGCAGAUAUGUCUACAGUACCUCUGGCAGAUAUGUCUACAGUACAUCUGCAGCACCUCUGGCAGAUAUGUCUAUAGUACCCCUGGCAGAUACGUCUACAGUUCCUCUGCAUUACCUCUGGCAGAUCUGUCUACAGUACAUCUUGGAGAUCUGUCUGCAGGACAUCUGGGAGAUCUGUCUACAGGACAUCUGGGAGAUCUGUCUACAGUACAUCUGGGAGAUCUGUCUACAGGACAUCAUCUGGGAGAUCUGUCUACAGGACAUCUGGGAGAUCUGUCUACAGUACAUCUGGGAGAUAUGUCCACAGGACAUCAUCUGGGAGAUUUGUCUACAGGACAUCUGGGAGAUCUGUCUACAGUACAUGUAGCAGAUAUGCCUACAGAACAUCUGGGAGAUUUUUCUACAGUACACGUGGCAGAUAUGCCCUCAGAACAUCUGGGAGAUAUGUCUACAGUACAUCUGGGAGAUACACCUACAGUACAUCUGGCAGAUAUGCCUACAGUACAUGUGGCAGAUAUGCCUACAGUACAUCUGGGAGAUCUGUCUACAGUACAUCUGGCAGGUGUAUCUACAGUACCUCUGGAACAUAUGCCUACAGUACAUCUGGCAGGUAUGUCUACAGUACCUCGGAUACAUGUGUCUACAGUACCUCUGGCAGAUGUGUCUAUAGUACCAGUACCUCUGGCAGAUGUGCCUACAGUACAUGUGGCAGAUAUGCCUACAGUACAUCUGGGAGAUCUGUCUACAGGACAUCUGGGAGAUCUGUCUACAGUACAUCUGGGAGAUCUGUCUACAGGACAUCUAGGAGAUCUGUCUACAGGACAUCAUCUGGGAGAUCUGUCUAUAGGACAUCAUCUGGCAGAUAUACCUACAGGACAUCUGGGAGAUCUGUCUACAGGACAUCAUCUGGGAGAUCUGUCUACAGGACAUCUGGGAGAUCUGUCUAUAGNNCAUCAUAUGGGAGAUCUGUCUACAGAACAUCAUAUGGGAGAUCUGUCUACAGAACAUCAUAUGGGAGAUCUGUCUACAGUACAUCUGGGAGAUAUGUCUACAGAACAUCUGGGAGAAUUGCCUACAGUACAUGUGGGAGAUGUGUCGACAGAACAUCUGGGAGAAUUGCCCACAGUACAUGUGGGAGAUGUGUCAACAGAACAUCUGGGAGAAUUGCCCACAGUACAUGUGGGAGAUGUGUCGACAGAACAUCUGGGAGAAUUGCCCACAGUACAUGUGGGAGAUGUGUCUACAGUACCAGUGUCAAAUGCGUUUCCAGUCCCUCUGGCAGAUAUGUCUACAGUACAUAUGACAGAUGUGUCUACAGUCCCUCUGGAACAUAUGUCUACAGUACCUCUGGCAGAUGUGUCUACAGUACCUCUGGUAGAUGUGUCUACACCCCUUUUGCUGCUUCGGAACUAAUUCCACCACUUAACUGUUGUGUGACUUUGACCAACUUCACCUCUCUAAAUGUUAUUUUCAUCCUCUAAAAUGUCAGCACUAAAAAGCAUUUAUUGUGUAAAA